AUGUCGGUCUGCAACUCCAGGAUUACUGCUCUUGAAGCUCACUCCAGUGAAACAGUCUCUCAAUCAGGCUCCCAUUUUUGUGUUGAUGCCGAACAUGAGGAUGCCACAAUUGUUCUCAAUUGGAAAAUAUGGCUACUACGCCACCAAAUUUGGCCACCAGAUUCGACUAUUAAGUCACCAGAAAUGACUCAUGAGUCACCAGAUAUGGAUAUACUUGCAACAGAAACUGAUCCAAAACUUGUGGAUCCCGCUAACGAGCAUCAUAACUCACAUUUGUACAACCCUGAUGACCUAGCCAUCGCAUGGUCACCUUCAGAAACAUUUACCUCAUUUCUUAAGAAAAAUUUUUGCUGA